AUGAUGAUGGGUCAGUGGUCCGCUGGCGGCAAGCGGCUGACGUGCAGUGACAAAGAAUUCAUCCAAGUCGUCAAUUGAACGGUACGUGGGAUGUGUGAUGAAUGCCACGAGCGAGAUGCAUGGCGUUGCUUGUUCGGGUGUGUUGUCUGUCUGUGUGUGUGUGUCGCAGAGCGGAGAACCCGCCGCCGGGCAAAUCGAAUCUCGAGUACACACGCAUGACGGCAAUGGGCUGGCUGCCUGGAUGGAUGGAUGGAUGGAACACACCACACUCACAGACGCGCAUGUUUGCUUGCACCCUCCCUCCCUCCCUCCCUCUGUGUGUGUGUGUGUUAGUGUGUUGGCUGAGCGGUGUGGUUGAGGAUUACGUCAAGCUGUUCCACCCCACUGCCGACCUCUACCCGUUCUUCCGUCUGCUGCUGCCCAGCAUCGACCCCGAGAGGCGGGCGUACGGCAUCCUGGAGGCCGGCAUGGCCAAGGUCUACGCAUCGGACGGCGUCCUGGCACUGCCACCCGCUCGCUGGUCAGUCGGGAGCCGGAUGGAUGUAUGGAUGAAUGGUGCUGCUAGCUCCUUCCUGUGUGUUGCAGAUGA